CGAUCAACAGAUCCGAGCGCAUGCGCAAUUCAUUGUUUUGACUGAAAAUGCCGUCGGUUUCGAAAACGGCGGCCAAUGCGUCUCCUCAAACCGAGAAACCUACCCACUAUACAUACUUGAAGGAGUUCAGGACAGAGCAGUGCCCGUUGUUCCUUCAGCACAAGUGUACGCAGCACAGACCCUUUACGUGUUUUCACUGGCAUUUUCUCAACCAGCGGAGAAGAAGACCUAUCAGAAGAAGAGACGGAACUUUUAACUACAGCCCUGACGUGUACUGCACCAAAUACGACGAGACCACAGGCAUCUGCCCGGAUGGAGAUGACUGUCCUUAUUUGCACCGGACCACGGGCGACACAGAGCGAAAGUACCAUCUACGCUAUUACAAGACCGGCACUUGCAUCCAUGAGACAGACGCUCGAGGGCAUUGUGUGAAGAAUGGCCUCCACUGUGCUUUCGCUCACGGGCCACAUGAUCUCCGACCUCCAGUCUAUGAUAUCAGAGAGAUUCAAGCACAAGAAGCCCUUCAGAACGGACAGCUGGGAUCUGGGGAAGGUAUUCCUGACCUGCAGCCAGGAGUGUUAGCCAGCCAAGCUAUGAUUGAGAAAACUCUGACAGAAGACCCCCGCUGGCAAGAUACCAACUUUGUUUUAGCCAACUAUAAAACAGAUCAGUGUACAAAGCCCCCCCGACUAUGCAGGCAGGGCUACGCUUGCCCCCACUACCACAACAGUAGAGAUCGAAGACGAAAUCCAAGAAAGUUCAAAUAUAGGUCGACUCCCUGCCCUAAUGUGAAACAUGGGGAUGAAUGGGGCGAGCCCUCAAAGUGUGACAGUGCAGACAGCUGCCAGUACUGCCACUCUCGCACAGAACAGCAGUUCCACCCAGAGAUCUACAAAUCAACCAAAUGCAAUGAUAUGCGACAAACCGGAUACUGUCCCAGAGGACCGUUUUGUGCGUUUGCACACGUAGAAAGAAUCCCCUCCACAGAGGAGACCAUGAGCUCCCUGCUGACAGUGAUGCAGUCCAGCUCUCAGUCCCAGCUCAGCUCUCAGUACUCGGAGUGUCCCGUCAGCGAGUGGAACAGCGGGGGCAGCGCAACCAGCAGCAACGGACAAGUUUCAUGUUCUAAUAGCUCGACUGUAACUCCAAGCUCAGGAAGCGACAGUUUGUUAUCCCCAGUGGGAUCCAUCAGCAGGCCCAAACCCUUUACUAAUAGUAGUUUAUGUUCAGAGUCCACCACAUCCAGUGUCUCAUCUCUGACGUCUAACUAUCCCAAAGCUCCGGGCUUUGAACGAGAGGACCAGAUUAAGAACAAGGGGCAGGUGGAUCAGAAAAUGAUGGACCAAGAAAAACAGACACAACAUACUGUAUUCUCUGCUGUGAACCCUUUGGCAACAAGCUUCACCUCCAGCAUAACGUCCAGCUUGGCCUCCAGCAUCGGCUCAAAUAGUUCUUCACCCACCACCUUAUCAACCAUGAAUGCAAAAGCCACUCCUUUCUAUCCGGGGAGCAACACUGUGGAGUCAGUCAUAGGAUCCGCUCUGGACCUGAACUUCUGUGACAUAAAUGUUGCAUCUCUGGAUAAGGAGCUGGAGGAGCAGGACAACAGUAUGGGAUUUGCAAGACAGAGGAUGCUGGGUGGCUCCGCUCCUGUGAACAUUCCCGGCUCUCUGGGCCGAUCUUCCUCCUUUAACUCGUCCUCCUCGCUCUCCACCUCCCCGCUCAGCUCCCUGUCUCAGUCUCUGUCGCAGUCCCUGCUCGCUGCCUCCAUAUCGCAGCAGAAUCACCCUUCCAACAUGUUAGCCAAGCUGGAGCACGGCCUGCUGGGAACUCCCACCUCCUCUUCCCAGAAUUCUUUAGGCUUGAACGGCGGGGCCAGCAGCAUUUGGGACUUUGUGAGUGGCAGCUUCUCUCCGAGCCCCUCUCCAGUCUUCAGCAGCCUGACGUCCAGCGCCAGCAGUGCAGAUCUGGCUCGGCUCUUUAGGGACCUGGACGAGGCCAAGAGGAAGAUCAAACAGUGGGAGGAGGCCUGGCACCAGGUCAAACAAGCCUGUGAAGCUUGCCAGAAAGACGCUCUGGAGGCAAAGGAGCAAGCGAAGACGGCCGAGGCGGAGCGGCAGCUGGCCGAACAGAAGUGGGAGGAGACGCAGCGCAAGCUCAAAGAGCUCCAAGGGGACUUUGACGCGCUCUGUCGCACCCCGGGGACGCCGCUGCUACGUAGCUAUGGAGAGCUGGACGAGCUCCCCUUGUCAAAGCUCCACUCGCUCCAGAGUCAGCUGCGUAAUGACCUAGACCUUAUAGACGGGGUAAUAUAUCAGCUUCAGUCAAAGAAAUGUAUAGUUUGCCAAAAGCAUGAUCGUUGCAUUGUCCUGCAGCCUUGCCAACAUUAUGUACUAUGUGAGAACUGUGUGCUUAGUAAAACAGAAUGUCCCUACUGUAGAACAAAAAUACUGAAGUGGUGAUGUACAACUAGUCGAGGUACUAUUUAAAUAUAAGCCCUUUGAAAAACUGCUAAUAGAUAUGACCAUUUUUCUAAAUAGCAAUGUCUGUUUCAUACAGUGAUCGAAUACAUUUAGAAUACAAUGAUGUUUGACUGACAAACAAAUAGUAUUAUCAGAUUGUGUACAGGGGAUUAAAUCAUUCAUAGUUUUUGCUCAUUUUAUGUGCACAUGACCUUGUUCAGCCAGAUGGUUUUCUGUGUGAAAAUCCAUGCAAUCAAAUUAGAAUAUUAAAUUACAUCGCAAUGCAAUUUCUCAGAUCUUUAAUCAUGACACUCAAAGACAUUCAUCUUGUGUCCAGAUUUGUUGACAUACACAAUAUGCAGGAAUACUUUCCCCAAACAAAAUACAAAUAUGCAAACCUGACAGAAAAUGCAUAAUUACAGAUAACAAAAAAAAAAUGCUAAUGAGACCACUAAACUUGCUUAAAAUCUGUAUUCUUUAAGACAUGAAUGAGUAUGAGUUGUAUUUCUAUCCUCGUGUUUGACUGUUUAUUCAUUGGAAAUACUUCACUGCACUUUGAAUUAUUGUGGAUAAAUCUCUGAUCUAAUCCACCCAGAGCAACGUUUCAGAAAUACUGUGGAAAUGUAACAAAUAUACUUCAAACCUGUUGACUUAAGACGCAUCAUAUUCUUGUUUUGGAAGAAAUAAAUACUAUAAAACGUACUCACUGUAACUGUAUAAUCAUAUAUAUAGUGAGAAGUUAAAACAAAUAUGUACUUCUCAUACUGUAAGGUCAUUUCUCAAUCUUUCUGGUGGUGAGAAUAGUUUGAUCAAAAGGACUCCCACACAACAGUAAAUACAGAUACAGCCAUUGAUGAUAGGGUACCACAGUAGCCAGGGCCACAGGUAUUUCAGGUUUUAAAAUGCAAAGGGAUCCCUGUGUGGAUGUUUCCAACGUACUGCCAGGGACAGCGUGCUGAUGUUAAACAUAAAAUGGGCAAAACUCAAAGCAGUUUUUUUCUUUACCUAAAGAGGAAUACAUAUACUGAAUCCAUCAAGAGCUCACAGAAGCAAAUCAAAGACAUCAAAGAACCUAUAUCAGACACGUUUUGGGGGGGAAACCCAUUAACACAGCAUGGAGAUACCAAAAGUGACGUGUGGAAAACGUGUCAAAUAUAGGUCAAAUGUAUAGGCUGUUAGCAAUGAAUACAUACAUACACAAUAAACACAUCAUAUUUGUAUUAUUGCAUUUAACACUAAGGGGAGUUACUGAUGGAACAUCCAGCAGUGCUGUGUCUGUAAAUCUGUUCCUCUUUAAGUGAAGCCACAUUUUGAUUAACAUUCUUUUUUAAAUCCUCCCAGUCAAGCAUCCAUUAUUUUGACCAACUCAAGAAGUUUGAUUUCUUCUAAAAGCACUUUGUUACCUGGGACUUUCUUAAAGGGUAUAUAGAAUUGAGCUUUAAGCUGCUUUGUAGGUAUCCUUUUUUGUUGAUUUCUAAUUGUGUGUUUUCUAUAUAAGCUAAUGUCUGAAGCUUCUGUGUGUACUGUGAAACAUCAUUUAGAUAUUUCCUAUUGUUAAAUCAUGGCAUGGUUCAACGUCUUAUUAAGAUUUCAUAGAAAAGUACUUAAUAGUUUCUACUUUCAUAGUUAGAUUUAUAAAACAAUUCAAUCAAGUAAGUGCAAAUGUAACAUGCAUUUAAGGCAUAACCAGCAGCUGUAAUAUCAGUAAGGCACAUGCUACGUGUUAAGGCUGUUUUUCAAUCAGUUACUUUUGUUUUGUAGAGAUGUCUAUAGGCUAGCCUGUUUAGAGAAACAUGUAUUGUAUUUGCUAAAAGCCUGAGAUGGUGAUUUUUGUAGGAAUCUAGCCUCUUGACCUAGAACAUAUCGGCCUCUAACUCUAAAGUGCCUUCAGUGAAAAAGGUUAUGUGUAGAAUUGUCACAAGUAUUCAAAGCUUGUGCAGUUUAACUUUGCAGAAGCAUCAACAUGCGUAUGACUAUAUACGUGUAGAUAUACAUUUAUGCCAGUGUAUUUGGCCCAAUCCCAUUAAGUAUUUCUGCGCUAGAUAAUAGAAACAAUGUCGUCGUCCCCUCCCCCCCCCACACACACACACACUCUCAUUCCUCGGCGUGGUGCUCUUUCGGUGCAGCUGCAGUCCUUGAAAUUAGGUUUUUCAAAUUCAACGCUUGGGAGUAUGCAAACAGGACAGAUGUAUUUGUAUAGCAACAUAUUAAAAAAUGAUUUGUUUUAAUUGUAAUGAUUUUGCCGUGAAUUGAGAGUUCUGUGGGUGAAGUGUAAGUUGGGUAGGUUCCUCUGUUUGAAAUGACCUUCUACUGUGUUAAAGAAAAGAUUAUUCUUGCGUAUUAUUCAAUAUAUAAAAUCAUGGUACACUUUUUGCUACUUCUUAAUAUGGGAAAAGGAAUUGUUUACAUUCACAUAAAUGACAAUUAAGCAAAUCAAAAAGAGAGUAUUUUAGCAUUUAAUGAUGACGUUAAAUUGCAUAAAUAGCAGGCUGAUCAUUUCUAGAUUAUUAUGCGAUAUGUUAACCAGCUACAAAGAAAAGAGGGAAAAACAUUUCUGUGUCACUGCCAGGAUAUUUGUAUUGACCUAUUUUGAGUGUAGUAAAGGCUUAAUAACUUCUGCGAGCUUCGCUGCUACUGGAAAAGGUAUUCAUGUAGUUUCUUGUUAUUACAUUUAGAUGUUUGAAUGUCGUGGUCCACAGCUCCGAUUUUUAGAAACUAUGAUAUCAUCUGUCUAACUUGACUUGUUAAUGAUUUGUAAAUCCAUUCAGUACUUUUGUAUAUCACUAAGAAUGAUGUCACAGAGCCGUACUGCCAUAGAUUGUCCCUUUUUAGGUUAUUUUUGUCAGAGUUCUUUCCCCCCACGGUGCAGGGUCUGUUUUGCUUUAGCUGUGAAGCCAACUAAAUUAAUGAUGUAGUGUGCGGAAAAUUAACCAAAGUGAUGUUCUAGUAGCUGUCCAAAUACGUUUUCAAAAGGGGAAAUUACCCUUGGAAUAAAACAAUUUCUAAGAUCUGCCUGUAGUCAUGAAGGCCAUCCAGAUAAAACAAAAUAAAAUGGCUGUUUUUGGAUGGCUUUUUGCUCUUAAUACGUGAUUCAGUAAGACUUCCUGGUAGAGAGUAACCAACAGGAAUAUGCCAAUGGCUUUUGCUUACAACAUCAAUGGACUCGAGCUCAUUUUCUGCAGUUUUACCAAAGACCUAAACUGUUGUUCUUUGUUUUUGUACUACAUUUCAUUUUUUUAAUUAUUUCAGUAAGGAGACCUAAAUUGAUUUUUUUUUUUUUUUUAAAGUAAUCACCUAGUACCUUAAAUAGAUAAUGUUCAUCAAAAGUGCAUGGGUCCUUCUAAAAUGUGUAUUUGUAUAUUUGAUUUUUGUGCUAGGUAUACAUUAAUGGCAGGUUUGUGCAAUACUGGCUAGCACAAGCCGCCUCAAGUGAGGAUUCAGUGUCAGUUUAAUGUCGUCUACAGUGAAGGAAUGUCACCGUGAUGACAUGUGUGCUUCUGAAGUGGCCAUAUAAACGGUUUGUCGUUUUAGCUUAACGAAUAAUCUCAAUCACUUUGGAAAUGGAUGGUUAUGCAUUAAAUGCUGUUAUGGUAGGCCUACAGUGAACGGUGCUUCUUCUCUCUGACUCUUUGUUUUCUAUCUCUUUGAAGCUGUUGGUCCAAAUGAGUUUUUGUACAAUGACGGGACAGGUGAUGAUUGUGACAAACGUUAAUGGCAGAUACAGACAUAUAAUUCAAACUUGAGUUCUUGUUAUGAUAAUUGUUUGUCUCUCUUGUGGUCUACUCGCCCCAAUUCAAGUUUUGUAACAUGAAAGAAACAUUCACUUGAUAAGCACAGCUCGCAUUUCUUUAGAUUUGUUCAAUUUAUCUAACGGACCAAUUACUUUCAAGUAUAUCUGUGCCUUUAAUAAUCGCAUUAUAUUGAUUGGUAUCAAGAGAAGAUGAGACACAUUUGCUCUCAAAUUGCUUAAUUAGAUUCAAAAUUCCAGUGCCUUACGAUAUUUAGACCAUUCUGUGAACGCUAAAUGAUCCUCUAGGAUUCAGGCCACAUGAGCUGAAUGAAACACUGCUGUAAUUGAAAAAUAUUCGUCUAUCUCAGUCUGUAUUUGCCAUACGAUAAAAUUAAAUAAAACGCAGCAAUACUUGCUGAACUACCAUUCAAUUCAUUUUGAUCUCGGAGUCAUUUGGCACCAAAAAGUCAAUUUGUUUGUUAGAAAAGCACCAACGGGGAAGACUCUUGUAAAUGAACUGUAAUAGAUGUAUCAUUAUGCUCUGCAUUGGAAUAGUUUAAUCUAAUUUGCAUUAUUGUUAGUUGUUGUGAUGUCUUUUUGUUUUUUUAAUAUAAUGAAAGAUGGAGCCUGAAGAUUUAUGCAAUCUUAUACAUGCAAAUGAUGGAGCUGUUCAAAUUAAGCAAAAUGCUAGAACGACACGUGUUGUCAAACGUAAAGAAUCUGAAUGUGGAACCAGCUGUUCCAUACACUUUAGAAAAUGUCAUGUUAUUUUAACAUCGAAGCCCUGAAAUAUUGAAUGUAUUGUUCUAAAUGAGAUAUUCAAUGAUAGGUCACUGGAUAUUAUGGAGCGCAGGUCAUUCAUUAUGAUGUAGCAUCUAGUUGUGAACCGCUAUUCAAUAAAAUGUAUUAGAACUCAAACAAAUAAAGGUUUUCAAGUUUCUAUUUGUCAGCAUAACGAGGAAGGAUAAGGAAAGAAAUGUCUUUUUCUCAGUGAUUUCAUAAAGAAUUUGUUACAUCUGAGGAAACUGCAUUUCUUGGAUUAUUUACUGAACAACAGUGGGUUUAGAUCUUAUUUAUAGAAUAAUCAAUAUGUCCCUUAUUUUGUGAGCAGCUGUAUGGAUAUGUAGGAAAUUCUCUACUGAUAAUCUUAGAAAUGAUUCUCUUGGUAUAUUGAUAUGUUUUGUGUUGUGAACACAGAAAUAGGUGCAAGUCUUAGUAAACUAGAUUGUUCUUUUCUACAUUGAGGAUUGUGUACAGCAUAUUUGCUGUAGUGUAUCACUAGUUUGUUAACACUUGUUGAAUUGUUACACUACAGUUAUGCAAUGGUUUACAGAGUUAUCACAAUUAUUUUUAUCAUCUUGAAAAUUAAAAUAAUUUUUCAUCU